AUGGCCGACGAGGAGGCGUGCAUGUUCGCGCUGCAGCUAGCCAACUCGACGGUGCUACCGAUGACGCUGAGGACAGCCAUCGAGCUGGGCCUUCUGGAGGCCCUUGUGGGCGCCGCCGGCAAGUCGCUGACUCCGGAGGAGGUUCUCGCGAAGCUGCCGUGCAAGGUCAACAACCCGGACGCGGCGUCCAUGGUGGAUCGCAUGCUGCGUGUGCUUGCGUCGUACAAGGUGGUGUCGUGCACGGUGGAGGAGGGCGAGGAGGGCAGCCUCUCGCGCCGCUACGCCGCCGAACCGGUGUGCAGGUGGCUCGCCCCAAACGAGGAUGGCGUCUCCAUGGCCCCCUUCGCUCUCCUCGCCCAGGACCACGUCUACCUCGAGCCCUGGCGCCACCUCAAGGACGCGGUCCUCGACGGCGGCGGCGGCACUGCGUUCCACAGAGCGUACGGGACGCCGUGGUACGAGUACACCGGGCGGGACGCGCGCUUCAAAGGCCUCUUCUACGAGGCCAUGAAGCACCACUCCGCCAUCAUCACCAAGAAGCUCCUCCAGGUGUACAGGGGCUUCGACGGCAUCGGCACCCUCGUCGAUGUGGCCGGCGGAUUCGGCGCCGUCAGCCAUGCCAUCACCUCCAUGUACCCGAGCAUCAAGGGGAUCAACUUCGACCUUCCCCACGUCAUCGCCGGCGCCCCUCCUUACCCCAGGGUCGAGCACGUGGGCGGCAACAUGUUGGAGAAGGUGCCCUCGGGCGACGCCAUCCUCAUGAUGUGGAUCCUCGACUGCUUCAGCGACCAUGAGUGCGCCACGGUGCUCAGCAACUGCUACCACGCGCUGCCAGCGCACGGCAAGGUCAUCAGCGUGGAAUGCAUCUUGCCGGUGAACCCAGAGGCGACCAACAGCGCGCAGGCGUUGCUCGCCGUCGACAUGAGCCUGGUCGCGUACAGCCCGGGCGGCAAGGAGAGGUAUCUCAGGGACUUCGAGAAGCUCGGCAAGGCCGCUGGGUUUGCCGCCGUCAAGGCCACCUACGUCUACGCCGACUUCUGGGCCAUCCAAUACACAAAGUAA